AUGGCUUUGAUGCUCCAUGCCUCCUUCUCCUCUCUUCUUCUCAAGAAUUCUUCUCUUCUGCCUUCCUCUUCAUUUCCCAGUACCUCCGCACCUUUAGUCCCAACUCGUGACUCUUCACAUUAUGCGUUGACUGCUACUACAAGAAAUAGAAGAUAUCCUUAUUCAUUUUUUGCAAUGAAGAAUGAGUUUAUUGAAGCUGUUGAUGAGGCUGAGGAAGUGGAACUUAUGGACAAGCCAAGAGAGACCCUUUUGUACUCUUUCGCUCCUUUGCCUCUGCUAUUUAUAGCUACUCUCCCUGGAGCUGCGACUGUAAGCUCUCUUUUUGGGCCUUUCGUUGAGCUCGUGAAGUCUUUGAAUCUUCCUGACUGGCUUGUGCACUGGGGUCAUCCUGGCAACAUGGCCGUUGUGCUCUUUGCCAUGGGUGGUUAUGGAACAUAUCUUGGAUUUCGAAUCCGGUUUUCUGAUGACAUGGAGGAGAAGGCCAAGGCCAAAGACUUGCAUCCAAAGCUUCUUGGUGGAAUGUUUUUCUUCUUUGCUCUUGGAGCAACCGGUGGAAUAACAUCUUUAUUGACUUCAGAUAAACCUAUUUUUGAGAGGUACGCUUAG